AUGGCUCAUAUAGCCGAGGCUGAUAUCAGCUUUACUGACCUAAAGACCUUGCUCUUUGACAGCCCAUGUGCCUGGAGAAACAGCGACUCCGAAUCAAGUGACAGUGGUUUGGGAUCGCCCGACUCAUUAUCAGAGUGUUCCUCUGAUGGGAGCCCAGUUUCUUUGUGUGGAUCCCUUGCCAGACGUUCACUUUUCCCCUCCAAAAGGCAGCGCGAAGACUUGGAUGAUCAGGAAGAUUCUCCAAUCAAACGUUCAAGACAAGAGCUGAUAUCCUUGGAUUGGGAUUCCGAUGAAGAAGAAGAGAGAACGCGAUCUGCUGUGGAAAAGUUGCAAGCUGCUGACCAAAACCUUAUUGGUGAUGGCACAAGAGUACACACCCUUCCAACGGUAGAGACGAGAAACCACAGGGAUUUGAAGACUGUUACUCCUUCAACGGUUCAGCUACUAAUGAAAGGGCGCUUUCCCGAGAUUAGCGAGUAUCAGAUCGUUGACUGCAGGUACCCCUACGAAUUUGAGGGAGGACAUAUCCAAGGUGCCGCCAAUAUAUACACAGAGGAAGGCAUUUCAGAGCUUAUUAAACGCCCUGCUAGCCAACCGACAGUUUUGAUAUUCCAUUGUGAGUUCUCAUCCGAAAGAGGUCCUAAAAUGAUGCGUCACUUGAGAAGCGAAGACAGACAAGCCAACAGUCACCGUUACCCAGAGCUGUAUUAUCCCGAGGUCUACCUUCUGCAAUCUGGAUACAAGGCUUUCUUUAGUGAGCACAAGGAUAUGUGUGAACCCCAGACCUACGUUCCCAUGCUGCACGCUGAUCACGUGGACGAUUUGAAGCAGUUUCGGGCACGAUCCAAGUCGGGGACAGCAGGCCAGAAAAAGAUGGGAAGAAGAUGA